AAUCACGUCAAUUUCCAGUACUCAAUAAAACGCCUUUACCCCCGCUAGAAGGAACCAUAGGACGGACUCGGAGGAGAAAUUAUGGAGACACGUGGUUUUAGUGAUAAUAAUGACGCUACUCUCUAUUUCCAGUGAACCACGACGACUUUGAUUCUUUGAAGUUGACGGCUUCGAUUUUUGUGACUUUCUUUGAUUCCUGGGCUCAUUUUUGAUGGUCGACGUACGAGAUUUAGAGUUGUAGGUAUUUGCAAUGUCCCUGCGAAGCAUUGGAAUAUUUUAAGUAAUAGGACGCAGUACCAAGAACAAGUCAUUAAGCACAAGCUGCUGUAAUAAACAAAGAAAACCCUAGCUUGAAUGCUAUGGUAUAAUAAUAUCAACAACAGCGGCAUCCCAUCCCAGUCGUUCUUAUUCAUCCUUUCUUAUUGUCUUUCUUUCUCUCUUUCUCUCUCAGGAGAGAACAGAACCAAAACCAAAACCAAAAAAAAAGAAAAAGAAAAAGGAAAAAGAAAGCGUCCAUUUCUACUUUCCCCUUCUUUUUCUCUCCCUCUCUCUCUCUCUUUUUGCCUGUAUGGGCGGCUGAGGAUCAUUUGCACCAAGCUUGAUAGCAGUAUAUCAUCUAACCGUACGUUUUAUUUCUUAAUUUUCUUAACCAAGUAAGGGAAUAGCUAGCUGGGGAGGCUGCGAAAAAUGGCCAGCUCAUGCUCUCUGCAGUGUGGAAAUGAUGGCCAGAACUGCUGCCAAACAUGCCCGGAAGUUAGUGGUGCCGGGCCGGCCGCGGCGGCUGCAGCUGAUGGUUGUAAUAAAGGGUUCAUGCUGUUUGGUGUAAGAGUGAUGGAGGGAUCAUUCAGGAAAAGUGCUAGUAUGAACAAUCUUGCUCAGUUUGAGCAGCCUCAGGAUUCCAUGAAUAAUAAUGAUGUUAACGCCGGAUAUGCUUCCGAUGAUGUUGUCCAUCCUUCUGCUAGAAACCGGGAACGAAAACGAGGAGUGCCCUGGACUGAGGAUGAGCACAGGCUAUUUUUGCUGGGAUUGCAAAAAGUGGGGAAAGGAGAUUGGAGAGGAAUUUCAAGAAACUUUGUCAAGACACGUACACCUACUCAGGUUGCUAGCCAUGCUCAGAAAUACUUCCUCCGCCGCAACAAUCACAGCCGGAGGCGCCGGAGAUCUAGUCUCUUUGACAUCACCACUGAUACGGUUUUGGGCUCAGCAAUGGAAGACAGAGCACAAGAAGAAUCCGUGCCUCAACCAGCAAUGCAACAGCAGAAAAAUCUAAUCAACAAUCUGGAAAAAUUUCCCAUGUCCACCUAUCCAACAAAUAUUGCGCCUGUAAUGUUACCAGUCAACCCAGUCAAGGGUGUAUCAUCGUUAGAGAGCCUUACAUUAGGACCAGCCAACAAUCAAUUGCUGCUAAACCGUACCAAUAAUACAUCAUCCCCAACUCCUAAGCUUAUUCGUCCAAUCCCUCUUGCUCCGAUCCCUCCAUCCUCAAAAAUGGCAGAUCUCAACUUAAACAAGACAACCAUCCCAGACCCUUUGCCUUUAUCAUUAAAACUAUCAACCCCUUCGUCAUCAGCAGCAUCGCAACCAUCAUCAGAGCAGCACUCGCCGUCAUCAUCGUCACCGCCGGCGAGGCACACAUCACCAUUUCAGGCCAUGCCAAGUAGUUUUGACAAUAGCAGUGGAGACAGCAUCAUCAGUGUUGCUUGAUGGAGAAAAAGCCUAAUUAGUAGUACGUACAAGUAGUAAUGUUAUUAUAACUAAUGCAAUCUGUGUUGUAAAGUAGAGCUUUUUUUUUUUCUUUUUUAGAGUAACAUAAUAUGAUAGGGUUAGGUUUGAUUAGCUUUUAGCAUUAGAUUAUUAGGUGGUUAAUUAGAGACAAUUCCUUGUUGUACAGGGUUUGGGGGUAAUAAUUAAUUAAUUAAUUAAUAUUGUGAUGAGAGUGAGAUAACGUUAAGUCACUUUCAAUAGUUGGGGAAAUUCCUGUUUUAUUUAUGGCUGAUUCCUUUGUGGCCUCAUACAGGCAAAAUGGAUCAACUUUCUGCUUGUUGGUGUCCCCUUACUAUAUGUUGCUUCCACUUGUAAAAAAGCAGUAUGGAGUAUUUUUCUUUAUGCCAAUAUUCGUAAGAUUCCUAUGCCA